AACUCAUCCCCUAUUCCACAGUGUGACUGGCUUCUGAGGCUGUCUGUCAGUGAGCUCAGCGGCUGACGAUGCAGGGAGAGCAGAUUAUGAAGGGGAGCUCACCAGCGGCAUUCUCCUCUCAUUGUCUCAAUGGCUGCACACGCAUUCCUCUUGCUCUCCUCUGCCUUGCUGUCUGCCCUCAGCCUGCCCACCCUGUCCUUAGAUCAAGUGCCUGCACUCCUGGAGAGAAGCACAGAAGAGGACUAUGUUACAGAGGUUCCAUACCCAGCUGGGAGAAUCAGAGCGGGUGGUCUUGAUGGAAUGAGCUUGGAGACUCAGGGUUAUGUGCCCACUAAAGAAACCCCAUUCAGAAGAUUACUGAAGCUGCAUGGCUGGCACCACCUCAACCAGCAUGGCCAUGGCAAGGGCAAGAGAAAGCUACUCCAGUCCCCCAUCCACGGGCCCUACUCUCCCAUGAGCGUGGCCUACAAUGGCAAGACCUGCAUCCUUUUCAAGGCCAAGCGUCUGGCCAUCCGCUACCAGAACCAUACAUUCGUAGAUCUGACGGAGAAGACCUUUGGACCCAACGCCCCUGUGGACACCAAGGGUUCCAUCUGCACCAAGGAGAAGGCUACCCUCUCGCUAAAGUUUGGAGAUGUGGAGGAUCUCAGGGGACUUGUUAUCAGGCUGCAGAUGUCCAACACAUUCUACGAGUCAGCAGGGAAGAACUGGUUCACCUUAGACAGCGUCCACAUCCACUACAACUGGACCCAUGAAGCUACGUUCAACACCAGCGAGGUGUACGCCCCCGCCACCUCCUCCUACCACUGCCAGCAUGUCAGCAGUCAGCACAAAUAUGACACCCUCCUGGUGCCCAGCUCACACACCGACACCUCAGCUAACUGGCACAUCACGUUCACUGACUUCCAGAUCCAGGCGUUCAACGUCAUGUCUGGUAAGUUUGCGUCUGCCAGCGACUGUGCCAACUUCCUGACCCCAGCCAUCCUGAUGGGCCUGGUGACCUCUCUGAUCCUACUGUUGGUCCUGGCCUACGCUCUGCACAUGGUGGUCCACCUCAAACACAUCGACCGCUACGAGGAACACAAAGCUAUGGUGUACUUCCCACGCAGGCUGAGCAAAGCUCUAGAGUGCAGAGCCUCACAGCAGUGUGAGUUACCUGACAAGAACUGCCUGUGAGAGAUGGAGGAAGAAAGAGUGAGAAGAUGAAGAGGGGGGAUGCUGCCAAAUGCAAGAGUGAGAAAGUAUCACCCACACGGUUUUCCACGCUUCCAAAUGUUUGUUUACUAGUGACAACUCUUUUGACCUGUUGGCUUUUGUCAUUUCUCCAUAUCUAAGAUCAACACAUUUGACAUGUUAUCACUUCUAAGCUAUCACAUUUUUUGGAGCAUUAAAACAGUUUUUUUUACCAUACUUCAUUUUUUUAAAUUGACCUGAACACACAUUAAUAUCCUACGUAAAGUUUAUUGGAUGUUAAACCCUCUUGACGGUGGGGUUAGAGGUCAGGAAGAGACCAGGGGCCCAGUAUGGCCACAGUGUCCCCAGGCUUUCACUUGCGCGCCUGAUUAAACAGUUAACGACUGCAGCUAACCCUGCCGGUGUCCAAGCCUGCAAAGCGGCCUUCACUAUUUGGCAUAACUAGACUUUGGUAUGUUGAGUCCCCACUCUCCAUCGCUAGCCUUGACACAUUGCCAUAUUCACUAUCUCAUCUUCAAUACGAACACGAGGAAUCUUUUUAAGUUGAAUUAGAUGGUUUAGUACAGUAUUUAUAAAGUGGUGUGUGUGAGGAUCCACUGGUAGAUCACUGACAAAUCUUACUGGGUUAAGAUGGUACUUGAGCUGGAAACUUGUUUGGAAUAACUGGAGGGGAUCUCAAGAAUUCUAAAGGGCUUUGGUGAGUCAUGGAACAAAACCAUUUGGGAACCACUGGUCUGGCACCUGGCUUGUAUGAACUGAAUUGGUCACUGUGGACCACUGAACCUCUGGGGCGUAGACUUUUUGGACUUACUGUGAAACGGCCUUGAACGGACCAGCAGCCAGUCUGAGGGGUUAGCUUUGCAGGCAUCAAUGGCUUACUUUCAACACUAAAGACAAAACAUUGAAGUAAGCUGCACAAGACUGCCCUUCUGAAGUGAAGCUAAAAGAUUUGCCAUUACACAUGGUGAAGGACAGACUGUGGCAAUGUGAAGAUGAGAAGUACAGUUACAAUGUAUAAGACAAACAAAAAAACACUCAAAUGUACAGAUGUAUCUCUCAGCUGUCUUUUUUUACAGUUUAAUCAAUAAAUCCUGUUAUGUACAGGAA